AUGGCCAGAACGAGACACACUGAUGGUCAGAACGAGACACUGAUGGUAAGUGUGAACGAAAAAGAUGGAGUGAUCCACCAUUACCUGCUUCCAUAUGACUAUCAAAUUGAGAGGGUGAAAACGACAUUUCCGCAAAUGUCAUUGAUGGGUCGCUUGCGAAACAUGUGGAACUUGUGGAAGCACUCAUUGAACACGUUUCCGUGGGACUUGGUACAUGUGCAUCCACCAUCUGUGAUCGACACGAACUCCUUGAAACAAAUGAAGUACGACAGUUCGUUGUGGACAACAGCAGCCACACUCACCAACAGGUAUGGUCAUUACAAUGACUGA